GGGCUGCUCAACAGAAUGUGAUGCGGGUGAAGACGCAAUGGGGAGAAGUGACUGACGCACUGGAGCCAGGUACUGAGAGCAAACAGAAACAGCAGCUACUCCUCGUUAAACUCGACAGCGGCACUCCGGAGCAGGGGCUUUCGGCUAACCAGCUGCAAUAGAGCUCACCUCCAGAGCUAAAAUAACACUGAUCUCCAACACACACACACACACACAUCUACCAAAGCGGGAGCAGAAUGCAGCGUUUAUCACACCAGCUGACAGGAAGAUUUCCAGUUUGAUUUCGGUAAUUCACCAGGACGACGGAACACUGCGCCGCUGAUGUCUGUUUGGAAUGAUGGGUGCCUUGCCUCUAUCUCUGGGAUUCGGGUGCCUUUUUGUUUUUUGCGCUCAUUUGAGUUUCUCGUCCCAAGCCCGGUUUACUGAGCUCCCCGAGAGUGUGACAGCGAGAGAAGGGGACAAUGUGGAAAUGGCCUGUGCUUUCAGGGGCAGCGGCUCCCCGUCCUAUUACCUAGAGAUCCAGUGGUGGUUCAUCCGAGCUCCAUCGGAGCAGGAAUACAGUCCAGAGGCCAGCAAGAUCCAGUUGGACACUUUGCCACAAAGCGAAAUGAUCAACGACGAGACGAAGAUCAGUACCGUGAAAGUGAUGGGCAGCGACAUCUCACACAAGCUGCAGAUCUCCAAAGUGCGGAAGGAUGACGAGGGCCUGUACGAGUGCCGGGUGACCGACGCCAACAAUGGCGAGCUGCAUGAGUACAAGGCUCAGGGCCACCUGUAUGUGAAUGCCAGCCACGCCCGGGCACUACAGGCACUCGAGGCGCCGCCUCUCCCCCUGCACGACGGCAAGGGGCUGCGGGCACCAGCCGGACCGGCAGCGGUACCUUCCAGCGAGCGACCGGGCCGGCACUCCCCCAGCAACCGAGUGGCGCACGUGGGACAGACCAGAGCCACAACCAGGCCCGCGGCCACAAUCCUCAGGCAGAGUGCCACGUCCACAUCAGGUACGACGGUCGUAACUGCAAGCGAUGGACUAGGUGUGCUGCUGGUUUUUUGUGGCUUUUUGAAGGGUGCUUUGCUAUAGUCUUAGUGCUGACUUUUCCACUAUCACUUUCUCUUAAAGCAAAGAGCGAUUGGAUGGUUAAAUCCAUGGACUGGACAGAAAAAUCGACUUUAAACUCCCACCUUUCUGCACCCAAUGCACUGUAAUUCUGUAGAAACGGGAGCCCUUAGCGAGGCCAGCAAAGCAAGAGAGUUAAAGCGCCACUGGCGGCAGUGGCGGUGGAUAUUUACUGCAAAUGGAUUUUGACAUUGAUAAUGAACCACUUUGGAGGCAAUUCGUGUGCGAGAUUGCCGCUCUAGGGGCGUCCUCUUACACAAAAUAAAACUGGGCACCAGGAGGCCACCGAUGCCCAUAGACCUGCCUGAAGUGCAUCAGAGCCUGUCAGUUUAGCGUGGGUGCAAGAUUUUAACUGUCCCCGUCUCCACAUUAAUGGCACUCUGAUCGUUCUCCGAAGGUCUUGAUUUCAACCAUAACCUCUGUGUAAGUGUGUGCAGGAUUCUCGUUGCAAUAGAGACACCUUCAGGACACGUGCGAUUUUCGCUCUCGGCACCUGGAUGUUUCACCUUACCUGUACUAGUUUGAUAUAUCAACUUGUUGGAACCUCCUGUGUGUGCAGAGCCGACCUAAAAGCUUCUCAGUGUGCUGUCGUUAAAACCUUCUGUUCCCCCCCCCUCCCUCCCUCCCUGGACCUAAAUGUUCCCUCUACCAUUACAAUGCUCGGUGUGACUCCAGUACGGUUUUUCUUUUUUUUUUAAACAAAAAAAUAACUGGCUGAAUCCUAAUUUUAAUAAUACCACACUGUGUGACCGACUCCCUUAUUUUUCACCCCUAUUAACGUAUUCACUCAAGGUUCUGGACAAUCGCUUAUCGAAAUGCAAGUUGUGUAUUUAAAACAAUUUUCGUACGGUCUGUGAGUCAACAAUACAAAAAAAAUAGAAACUUGA